AUGAACUUGGUGAUGAGUCAUUCGCAGGAAACACUGUGGUUUGGAAUGAAGAAAUGGAAGGAAGUGAGUGACAGUGGAAUGAGUUCUUCCCAUUCGCUGCCGGAUUUCAGUGCAAAAGUGCGCGCAAUGAAGGAUUGGAGUGCAGAGGGAGAUAGUGGCACCGCACAAACGAGAGAUGCCAGUUCUCCAACAUCGCCAGAGAAAAAGGAGAGAACGAAGGAGGGUAAGGAGAAUGUUAAUAUGGAGGGGGGAGAAUGCCAUUCUCCUCACUCCACUCAAAUGAUCACAAGCACAGACACCGCAUACGAGUUCGGUGAAGACUCUCGCUGCAACACUUGCAAUAUGGGCUCAUUUCGACUCUUCGAUGAGCACUACAGCCAAGAGUACUAUAUAGGCUGUGGCGUCUCCUGUGAAGUGUACAAAGGCACUGCUAAGUCGGCCGAAAGCGGUGAAAAGGCAGGCUGUGAAGUAGGAGAAGUGGAACCAAACGAUAGGAAUGCAAAGCACGUCACUCUCAAGUGGCUCUAUGCUAAAUUCACCGACGGAAAAUCACUUCGUGACAUACGCUUAAGAGAGGUGGACAUUCUCUCCAAACUCAGUCAUCCCAAUAUAAUUCAAUACAUUGAAACAGUGAUUUCUCGCCAAAGGCGGAUUUGUUUAGUCCUCGAAUUCGUGGAGCACUCAUUCGAAGACAUUAUCUCUUUCUCCAGAGAUUCUCCACACACCUUCAGUGACUCCCACAUGCGCUUCUUUAUGCGGCAACUUCUCUCUGGCAUUGCCUGUCUCCAUGCUCACCGAAUCAUACAUCGGGACUUGAAGCCAAGUAAUUUGCUAGUCACCGACAUCGGUAUUCUCAAGAUUUGCGACUUCGGUCACGCAAUCGAAUGCACUUCCACGCAGAUGCUCAACACCAAUGAUUUUGGCUCUCUGUGGUACUCAAGCAUCGAGCAACUACUCGGUUGCGAGGAGUACACAUCUGCAAUCGACGUGUGGUCGGCUGGGUGUGUACUCGGGGAGAUGAUAAUGCAAAGAUGCCUGUUUCAAUUUGGCCGUGAGUGUGAGAUGAUAGGGGGCAUUUUGAGGAUUUGUGGAAAACCGACAGAGAGUGCGUGGCCGGGUGUGAGUGGUUUGCGCGGUAUGCAGUUGGUGGACUUACCCGAUGGACACACUAGCCACCUGAGAAGUAGCCUCGGUCGCGCAGUCUCUGAUGACACAUAUCAUCUGCUAGAACGGUUAUUGACUCUCUGCCCAACCGCAAGGAUAACUGCGGAGGAUGCCUUACAACUCGACUACUUCGCUGCCAACUCCGAUGAAGAUGACUGCAGUCCCGAACAAAUGAAGAGAUGGCUUAUCGCCUUGGCAUAUGGUGACGACUUCUUGGAUGACGACUCACGCUCCUAA